AGCGCUCCUCUGCCCUCGCCGAGCGUGUCCACGCGGGUCGGCCUUCGGGCUGCUCACCUGGGGGCCGCGCUCCUCACCGGGGGGCUGAUCAGUGUCUGUGGGGCUCGGGAAUCUACAUUUGCCCCCGUGCCCGAGGCCAUGGGCAGGGAGCCGGGGUUGCACGAGGAGAACUAAGAGGAGCAUCGUCUAGAGUGUAGGAGGACGUAACUGCCAAAGGAGGAAAUACAACGACGCCAGGUUUUCUCUGGCCUUUAGCCGCCCAGUUUGCACCAGAUCAUUUGUUUCCAGCCAAGGCAUUAAUAAUUUGGACGUCUGAUUUGACCAGUUUCAUAGAGACCGUAGACUCUAAGUUGAUGGGGACAAGGGGCCUUUGUAGGUUGUUCCUGAUCUGAGAUGCCACCAUUCUAUAAACUGUGUUUUUUCAGUCAUGGCCUGUUUGGUACCUCAGACUAACAACCCCAGCAGCUGCAAGCAGGGAUGGCCGGGUGCAGAGAAAAGCCCACGCGCCCCCUGGAGCCCCGUGGUGGGGUGCCCGUGGUUUCUGUUCUUGCUUAUGUCCUGUGGUCUUCCCGCCGUCCUGGGGGAGCAUUCUGCUUGCACCCGCUGGGGCCCCUGCCUUCCAGGAGAAGCUGCUCUGCCAGUCGGUCUCUGCCCUUGUCAUCAGCAGCGAGCACACCCUUCUCUGGGUGAGAAGCCCCUGGGGCCCGGAGGGGGGUCCGCGUCCUGCACAUGCAUUUUCACCCCACGGCUUGCGAGAUAAGAGUGGAUUUUUCUGCAGGGGAACUCCUGGGCAGAGGUGUAGAGUGGGGUCUGUGGGGACAGCCUGUUCUUAGCUGACCAGGGACAGCUGUGAGCCCGUGUCCGGUUCCCGCCAAGCAGCUCUUGUGCAGCUGCUUCAGCAGCCUGGCGGCAUACAUGCUUCCUAUUUGUUUAAACUCUUAUUUUUGUCUCAUGUCAGUAAGGGGAACAGAGAGUAGUGCAUGAACGUUCUGUGGUCUCUUCGGCUUUACUGGAAACUACAGCGUUAACGUAUUUUGAAUGAAAAGAUAAGCUAGUGUGAGAGCCAUGCUGGAGCUUUUACCCACUUUUUUCUUCAGCUGGUUUGCUGAGCACCUACUGUGCGCCAGGCUCUGCAGAGGCCGCUGCGGGUGGGGAGCGGGCCUGCCCUCAGGGUGGGAGCCCAGCCCGGGAGACAGGCAGAUGCGUCUUUCCUUCAGCAUGCUUGAGUGCCUCCUGUGAUGACCAGAGUCCAUCCUCUAGCUGAGGUUACAAUGGUGGGGAAAACACAGACAGACAAAUGGAAAACUCCCGCCCUCAAGGAGCUUACGUUUUAGAAGGAAGAAGACAAACUAGAAGCACCUGUCUCCAUCCAGUGGUUUUUAUAUUUGGGAAGGGAAAAAGUUAGGUAACUUCUAAGGAGAACUGCAUAUUAUUUUGGUAAUUCUUAAUUUUAAAAGCCGUUUCCUCCAUCUCCCCCUGACCACCGUCUGGACAGAAGACCUGCUCCUUCUGACCCACAGAUUCUCCCCCACUUGUUGACUCCCCACUUGCCGUCUUUGGAGAGGACAGACUUCUUAAACCUCCCUCUAAUCAGAAAGUGGUUUUAAUAAGCAGUAAGCACCGUGCCUCUCUCGUUUUGCUUCUGGCCCUGCUGGUUUUGAUCAAAUGAAGUCAAACCUGUCUUAAGAGAAGCCAGAAACAUGAAGAAGAAUCUGCCAUCUUACGUCCACCUCCAAACUGAAAGAUCUAGUCAUUUAAUGCUUACAGAGUGGCGGCGCUGAUGGUCGAUGAGGGCACGUAAAGUUGAGGUGCAGGAUGACCGGGAAGAGGCCGUCGGGCCCUGGCAGGCAGCGCCAGCUGCUGGGCCUGCUGGUUGCUGUUGCCGCUGUCCACCUCAUCGCCUGCCCCUAUGCCAAAGUGGAGGAGAGCUUCAGCCUGCAGGCCAUGCACGACCUGCUCUACCACAGGCUGGACGUGGAGAAGUAUGACCAUCUUGAGUUCCCCGGCGUGGUCCCCAGGACGUUCCUCGGGCCGGUGCUGAUCGCGGUGCUGUCCAGCCCUGCCGUUUGUGUGCUCUCGCUGUUAGAAAUGUCCAAGUCUUACGCUCAGCUAGUAGUCAGAGCUGUUCUCGGACUCAGCGUGAUUUUUGGACUCUGGACUUUGCAAAAGGAAGUGAGACGGCAGUUUGGGACCACGGUGGCUGCCAUGUUCUGCUGGGUGACAGCCUCGCAGUUCCACCUGAUGUUCUACUGCACACGGACGCUCCCCAACGUGCUGGCCCUGCCCGUGGUCCUGCUGGCGCUCACGGCCUGGCUGCAGCAGAAGUGGGCUCGCUUCAUCCGGCUCUCGGCGUUUGCCAUCCUCGUCUUCAGAGCCGAGCUGAGCCUGUUCCUGGGCCUCGUGCUGCUGCUGCUGCUGGGCACCAGGAGGGUCUCAGUGGCGAAGGCCCUGCGCUGCGCCAUCCCGGCUGGGAUUCUCUGCCUGGGACUGACGGUCGCCGUGGACUCCUAUUUUUGGCGCUAUCUCGUGUGGCCAGAAGGAAAAGUGCUUUGGUACAACACCAUCCUGAACAGAAGUUCCAACUGGGGAACCUCCCCACUCCUGUGGUACUUCUACUCGGCGCUGCCCCGCGGCCUGGGCUGCAGCCUGCUCUUCGUGCCCCUGGGCCUUAUGGACAGAAGGGCCCUGGUGCUGCUUCUGCCAUCGCUGGGCUUCGUGGCUCUGUACUCGCUCCUCCCACACAAGGAGCUGCGGUUCAUCAUCUAUACCUUCCCUGUGCUCAAUGUCGUGGCUGCCAGGGGCUGUGCCUGCGUGCUGAAUAAUUAUAAGAAGUCUUGGCUGUAUAAAGUGGGGUCCCUCCUCGUGAUAGGGCACCUCGUGGUGAAUGCCACGUACUCGGCCACGGCUCUGUAUGUGUCCCACUUCAACUAUCCUGGUGGCAUGGCGAUGCAGAGGCUGCACGAGCUUGUGCCCCCCCGGACAGAUGUCGUUCUGCACAUCGACGUGGCUGCUGCACAGACAGGCGUGUCUCGGUUUUUGGAAGUCAACAGCGCCUGGAGGUACGAGAAGAGGGAAGAUCUGCAGCCCGGGUCAGAGCGCAUGCUGGCCUACACGCACCUCCUCAUGGAGGCAGCCCCUGGGCACCUGGCCCUCUACAGGGACACACACCGGGUCCUGGCCAGCAUCGCAGGCACCACUGGGGUGAGUCUGAACCUGACCAGACUGCCUCCCUUUGACAUCAACCUGCAGACAAAGCUGGUGCUUCUGGAGAGACUCCUCCCCUCCUGAGAAGGAACCACAGUCCCUCCAAGAACCUCGGAGCUCCUCCAACAUUGUGACAACUGAGACAGUUCAGAGAAACAAUCAAAGAACCACAGACAUGCCCCUGGGAAGCAGGCCGGGCCCAUCCACAGACACACCAGGGGCGGGCCCACGUCCAUGCUGCACUCCGCUUUGAGAAUGAGGGGCCCAGCACCACUGCCAAGGUGACUGGGCGACAAAAUGGUU